GCCAUCGCUUCGCCGCAGAGGAUGAGGAGAACCUGUACUCGCCAAGGACGGAUAAAGGAGGGGGCGGACAUCGUCGCACGGUUUCUCUUCUGUGCCUCGAAAAGCUGCACGUCUCACUCCCAUUAUUUAUGUAAGAAUUAUUCCAAUUAUUUAUAUAUAGACUGUUUUAUUUUUUUAACUGAGCAGUAAGGACGGAAAAUAUGGCGCAGCCCGACAACAAGAAAUUCUUCGAGAACCUGUCCGGAGCGGGAAAGGCGAUCGGGGUGCUCACGAGUGGCGGAGAUGCUCAAGGUAUGAAUGCUGCGGUUCGAGCAGUGGUCAGGAUGGGGAUCUAUGUGGGAGCCAAGGUGUACUUUGUCCACGAGGGGUACCAGGGCAUGGUGGAUGGAGGUGACAACAUCAAGGAGGCCUCAUGGGAAAGUGUGUCCAGCAUGCUGCAGGUGGGAGGUACGGUCAUUGGCAGCGCCCGUUGUAAAGAGUUCCGCGCCCGCGAGGGUCGUCUGAAGGCCGCCUACAACCUGGUGCAGCGCGGCAUCACCAACCUGUGUGUGAUUGGGGGCGAUGGCAGCCUGACGGGGGCCAACCUCUUCCGGGAGGAGUGGAGCAGCCUAUUGGAGGACCUGCUGCAGCAGGGGCUCAUCGACAGCGAGGCCGUGCAGAAGUACUCGGCCCUGCACAUCGUCGGCAUGGUUGGCUCCAUUGACAACGACUUCUGUGGCACCGACAUGACCAUUGGCACAGACUCUGCUCUGCACAGGAUCAUCGAGGUUGUGGACGCCAUCAUGACCACUGCCCAGAGCCAUCAGAGGACCUUUGUCCUGGAGGUCAUGGGAAGACAUUGCGGGUACCUGGCCCUGGUGAGCGCUCUGGCCUGCGGGGCCGACUGGGUCUUUAUACCUGAGAUGCCUCCUGAAGACGGCUGGGAGGAGCAGAUGUGUCAGAAGCUGUCGGAGUGUCGGUCCAGGGGUUCAAGGCUGAACAUUAUCCUAGUUGCCGAAGGAGCGAUCGACCGACAUGGGAAACCUAUAACCUCUAGCACUGUAAAGGAUCUCGUGGUUCGCUGUCUGGGAUUCGACACGCGGGUCACGAUCCUGGGUCACGUUCAAAGAGGUGGCACCCCCUCCGCGUUCGACCGCAUCCUGGCCAGCCGAAUGGGCGUGGAGGCCGUGCUGGCCUUGCUGGAGACUACUGCCAACACACCGGCCUGCGUCGUCUCUCUCUGCGGGAACCAGGCCGUGCGUCUGCCUCUGAUGGAGUGCGUGCAGAUGACGCAGGAGGUGCAGAAAGCCAUGGACGAGGGGAAGUUUGAAGAAGCAGUUAGGCUGAGGGGCAGGAGUUUCGAGAACAACCUGAACACUUACAAACUCCUUGCUCAUCGGAAACCGGAGUGCGAGCUUCCAAAGAGCUCCUUCAACGUGGCUGUGUUGAACGUGGGUGCCCCUGCUGCAGGCAUGAACGCUGCUGUGCGUGCUGCCGUCAGAGUGGGCAUCUCGGAAGGCCACACGAUGUUCGCCGUCAGCGAUGGGUUCGAGGGCUUCUACAAGGGCCAGAUAAAGGAGAUCAAGUGGGGUGACGUGGGCGGCUGGACUGGUCAGGGCGGAUCCCUUCUAGGAACGAAGCGAACACUUCCUGCCAAACACAUUGAUAAAAUCGCAGAACAAAUGAGAGCAAACAACAUUAAUGCACUGCUGGUCAUUGGUGGAUUUGAGGCUUACCUGGGAUUGCUGGACUUGUUAGCCGCCCGCGGGGAACACGAUGCACUCUGUGUCCCCAUGGUCAUGGUACCUGCCACCGUCUCCAACAAUAUACCGGGCUCAGACCUCAGCAUUGGCGCAGACACCGCUCUGAACGCCAUUACUGAUACGUGCGACCGCAUUAAGCAGUCAGCCAGUGGGACCAAACGCCGUGUCUUCAUCAUCGAGACCAUGGGGGGCUACUGCGGCUACUUGGCCAGCGUCGGGGGGCUUGCUGCGGGCGCUGAUGCUGCCUAUAUCUAUGAGGAGCCUUUCGACAUCCGUGACCUCCAGGCUAACGUGGAGCACUUGACAGAGAAGAUGAAGACCAGCAUCCAGAGAGGGCUGGUGCUGAGGAACGAGAACUCCAACGACAACUAUACAACAGACUUCAUCUACCAGCUGUAUUCAGAGGAGGGGCGAGGAGUGUUUGACUGCAGGAAGAAUGUUCUGGGUCACAUGCAGCAGGGAGGGGCCCCAUCCCCAUUCGACAGAAACUUUGGCACAAAGAUCGCAGCCAAAGCCAUGCAGUGGAUCUCUAAGAAGUUGAAGGAGUCCUACAGACAGGAUGAAGGGAGAGUGUUUGCUAACACAGAGGACUCCUGCUGUCUGCUGGGAAUGCGGCGCCGUGCUCUUGUCUUCCAGCCUGUAGUGCAGCUAAAGGACCAGACAGACUUUGUACACCGGAUCCCGAAGGAACAAUGGUGGCUGAAGCUGCGGCCCCUAAUGAAAAUUCUUGCCAAGUACAAGACCAGUUACGAUGUGUCCGACUCUGGCCAGCUGGAGCAUGUGGUGCGCAACCGCCCCAAAGAGGCCGACACGUCAACUCUGUGAAUCGCUGCACUCCCCUGCGGGCAACAUGGGUAGCAGUUCUCACGCAGCUUCUUCCCCACACUCCUUUUACGUACCAGAACAUUGUUGCAUCCUUACGAAACUAACCUGCCUGCCUCGUGGACAGGUCAGCAUUGGAAAAGAACCCAAAGUAGAGCUGGAGUGAAUCAGCUGAAAUGCUGGACUUUGACAUGUCUCGUUGUUACAGUUGGCCUGGAUAGCAGACAUCCUGUUAUGUCUUGUCACUUGUUUUUUGUAUUCCCUUUGUAUUUGCAUUUUGUGUCAAUCCUGAGGUUUGUGCAUCACACUUCAGACUGUAGGUUGUGUAGUUCUCCUGCUAUAAAGGUAAU